AUGCCACAAAUUGGUUGGUAUGGCCUCGGGUCCAUGGGCCUAGCAAUGGCCUCUAACCUGCAACGGCACCUAGCAACCAAGAAAGCCCUGAGUCUACUCUACUCAAACCGCACAAUGUCGCGCGGAGCACCCCUUCAAUCACUGGGAGGAGUCCCAGAGAACAAUUUCUCAAAGCUAGUCUCCAACUGUGGAAUCAUCUUCACCAUGGUUUCAAACGACUCAGUCUUGCAAAGCCUGCUCGCCCAAGCAACAAACUCAGGUCAAUCUCUUAAGGACAAGAUCUUCGUCGACUGCUCAACAGUGCACCCAGAAACAGUCAGCAAGGCAGUCACGGAGCUGAAAGCCAAAAAUGCUUCAUACGUAGCAGCACCCGUCUUCGGUGGAAACCCGAUUGCCGUAGACGGCAGGCUGGUCUUUGCGAUUGGCGGUCCUCAACACGCAACAGAGGUAAUCAAGCCGUUGAUCCAGGAUGUGAUGGGUCGGCGGGUGAUUGAGUGCGGCGAAGAUGCGACCAAGGCGUCGCUGCUUAAGAUUGCGGGCAAUAUUGUCACUGUGAAUAUGAUGGAAGCUGUUGGAGAAGCGCAGGUCUUCGCGGAGAAGACUGGGCUGGGCACUGGGCCUAUGGAGGAGCUUAUCGGGGAGGCAUUUGGGCCUGUGGCCGGGGGUUACUCGAAAAGGUUGACUUCUGGUGCUUAUGCGCCGUCCUUGGAUUCACGUCCUGGCUUUGGCGUCUCGCUUGCAAUCAAGGAUGCUAGACAUGCUAUGGCCAUGGCUGAGGAGCGGGGUGUCCAGCUUCCUGGUCUUGAGCUUGCUCGGGCUAAUAUGGAGGCUGCUAGGAAGUAUGGUGGUGAGUGUCUUGAUAGCAGUGCCAUGUAUGGUACAUUGCGACAGAAGGCUGGGUUGGAGUUUUGGAACGAGAAGAGUAGAAAAGAGUAG